AUGGAUAUUGCAGGCCUAGCCUUCGCGCUGGCGGCUGCUGCCACCGAGCUCGUCAUCAAAAUGAGAGCAUUUAAAAAAAGGAUGAAUGAUCGCCCAACCCUAGUCGAUGGCUUGCUAGAUUACUGUAGAAUGGUCAAAGACGAUUCUGAAAUGAUUGCGAUGCAAGCAGACAGGAUACAGGCGAUCACGGAUCCAUCAUUCCACGGAAGGGGGAGUCCUUUAUAUAUUCUCUGCACGAGGCUGGACGGCCUGACAAGGCUAUUGGGUGAAUUCGACGAAGAACUCGGCGAUCUCACCAGAGCAAGUGCUAGCACCUGGCUAGGAAGGGCGAUACUGCAGAUUGGAACAGACGAUGCGCUGCCUAGAAUAAAGCAAGUCCAGGAUAGGAUAGAGCAGCAUUUCCACAGUCUAUUGCGUUCCAUGCAAUGUAUCCAGUUGAGCUUUCAAGAUCCGUCGGCACAUUCUCGCAGGCCAAGUACGGUUUCGUUUAUGGCGCCCAACUUCCCUACGCCGCCACCUUCUCCCGGCGGCGCCGAUUUCAGGGUGGCGUCAAGGGGCAGGAAACUAUCCAGCAUCUCCAGCCUAAGCCAGUCCUCAGACAUCGAGAAGGCAACCCGUAAUCUGGAUCUCUGCUUAGUUGAACGGUUGCUGAAUGAAGACGUCACAACAACCUUGGUCCACACAGUUGACUCCCAUGGACGGACUCUUAUCGACAUCGCCAUCUGUCAAGGCAAGAGCACUCAUCCGUCGCAAGUCCCGCUCGUCAAGUUGUUGAAGGAGCGAGGGGUGAAAUUCACGUUGAAAGACGAGCGUCACCGCAGGAUGUACCGUGAAAUCAUGGACGCGAUCAAAUUUCAAUCGAAGAAGAAAAGGUGA